AUGUUCUGGAAGGAUGAGACCUCCGCCCCUCAGCCGGAGGGCGGCCAGCCGCGGACUGAGGCCCAGCCGGACGGCGAGGCGCUUCCCUGCGCCCUGGAGAAGGAGGAGGCGCGCUCGGGCGCCAGCACGCCCUCCACGCCGUCCGUGUGCUCCCCGCCGUCGUCCGCCUCGUCCUCGCUGCCCUCGGGCGCCAAGAACCUCUGCUCCAGCUGCGGCCUGGAGAUCCUGGACCGGUACCUGCUCAAGGUCAACAACCUCACCUGGCACGGGCGCUGCCUGGAAUGCUCCGUGUGCCGCACGUCGCUUCGCCAGCAGAACAGCUGCUACGUGAAGAACAAGGAGAUCUUCUGCAAGAUGGACUACUUCAGCCGGUUUGGCACAAAAUGUGCCCGUUGCGGGAGGCAGAUCUACGCCAGCGACUGGGUCAGGAGGGCCCGCGGCAACGCCUACCACCUGGCCUGCUUCGCCUGCUUCUCGUGCAAGAGGCAGCUGUCCACCGGCGAGGAGUUCGGCCUCGUGGAGGAGAAGGUGCUCUGCCGGAUUCACUACGACACCAUGAUCGAGAACCUCAAGCGGGCGGCAGAGAACGGGAACGGCAUCACGCUGGAGGGGGCGGUACCAUCGGAGCAGGACAGCCAGCCCAAGCCGGCCAAGAGAGCCCGGACGUCCUUCACGGCAGAGCAGCUGCAGGUCAUGCAAGCACAGUUUGCUCAGGACAAUAACCCGGACGCGCAGACCCUUCAGAAGCUGGCUGACAUGACGGGCCUGAGCAGAAGAGUGAUCCAGGUUUGGUUUCAGAACUGCCGAGCGCGGCAUAAAAAGCACACGCCGCAGCACGUGGUGGCCCCGUCCGGAGCGUCCCAGUCGCGCAUCCCUUCCGUGCUGCCGGAUGACAUCCACUAUUCCCCGUUCAGCAGCCCCGAGAGAGCCCGGAUGGUGACGCUGCACAGCUACAUAGAAAGUCAGGUCCAGUGUGGACAGAUGCACUGCCGUCUCCCGUAUGCCGCCCCUCCCGUGCACCUCAAAGCCGACAUGGAAGGACCCCUAUCGAGUAGGGGGGAGAAGGUCAUCCUCUUCCAGUACUGACUGCUCGUGCCAGCCCCCAGCUCCCGGGGGGCUCGCGGCGGCCCCGCUUCAGCGGCCGCUGGACCCACGGCUUCCACGGGCCACCCAGCGGUGGGACCUUGCCCGUGGCAUGCCCAUCCCACCCACCAGCCCGGCUCCUGGGCCCGCCACAACCACCACGCCCGUCGAGCACCUGGUUGUGUUCUCUUCCUCCUCCUCCCCCCACUCCUCCUCCUCCUCCUCCUCCUCGGGAACGCUGGCUGGCAGAGGUUCCAGGGCAGGGCCCUCUCCAGCUGCUCGAUGCAAGCAAGGGACCCACUGCCGCUCCCUGAACCCAGGAAGGACCAAGGCCGAGGGCCGAGCGGCGGAUGGGCCCGUCUCCCACCAGCGGCCCUUGCUGGAAAAAGAAACGGAGCCGCCGGAGCUUCCUCCCACGCUGGUUGCCGCUCAUCUGCAAGAAUCGAGUCCGCUAAUGCAUCCCCUCAGCCGCCCGCCCGGGCUGAGCUCUUUCUCCGUUCAACAGAGUCUCACCGUCGGGACUAUGGACCCGCAUCUCAUAAACAAACUUUCUUUUUUGAAAAGAUCGGUUCUUUGACUCUCCCUGUAGGACACCCGUCAGCUCCCUCGACGGGCCAGGGCCCCGCAGUUCUGAAGCCAAGUGCCGGCAGCCUGCUUUGGAAGGAUCCGUUCUAGGCGCUUGGCAAACCAUGACGCACCUUCUCUCAGCCACCCAGCGGCAGAAUUUUUACCCCCCCCACACAACUUCUAGAAGCCCGAAGAAAGCGAUUGGCGUCUCCCCGUCUAAGGAGCCAGGUGUCUGGGUGCCGGGGAUGCUGCAGUGCGGUCGGCAACGCUGGAAUUCCAACUGGAGCACGCGCGCUGGCCCUCUCCCCCCAGCCCUCCCCUCCCCAGCCCGGAUCCGGAUCCGCCGCAGCUCCAGGGGAAAAGGCCCUCCUCGUCCCGGCGUGGGUGUGCUGCGGAGCCGCGGUUCCUGCUCCGCGUGGCCCAGGCCUGCAGGGCCGCCCUCCUUCCUGCUCU